GGCCACCUGGUGGGCGGCGUCAGAACCGCAACGGAGGACAGUGAUUAGGACGCCGGUGUCGCUGCAUCCAUCUUCGCCUUGAUUCCUCCUCUCCGGUUCAGUCGUUUCCCACAACGUUAUUUGGUCGUUUUUCAAGGUUUUAUUCGCGCUUUUCCUGUCUGAUGGCGUCUAACGAUUAUUCCCAAACGUCUACCCAGGGCUACGGCUCCUACGGUGGAGGUGGAGGUGGAGGAGCUAACCAGGGCUACGGUCAGUCCUCUGGGCAGAGCUACAGCCAGCAGGGUUAUGGCGGCUACAACCAGAGCUCCGACAGCAGCCCCGGUUCCUACAACCAGGGAGGUUACGGCAGCUACGGUCAACCACAGUCAGGAGGUUACGGAUCUCCACCCUCCAACCAGGGCGGUGGUGGAGGAGGCUACAAUCACUCCAGUCAGUCGUACAGCUCUGGAGGAUACAACAGCAGCAACCAGCCGUCCAACGUGAGCUACAACCAGCAGUCGUCUUUCUCUGGUUACAGCCAGCAGCAGCCUCCGUCUUCAUCCUCUGCAGGUUAUGAAGGAAACUCUCCAGCUUCUGGCUACAGUCAGCCACCAAGCAGUGGGCAGAGCGGUGGAGGUUACGGCAGCAGUGGAGGUCAGCCUGGAGGUUAUGGAGGCACCGGGAGCCACCAACCACCAUCUCAACAUGGAGGAGGUCACUACAAUCAGCCGCCGUGCUACAACUCCCCUCCUCCCCCGAACUACAGCCAGCAGAGCCCGUAUGGUCAGAGUGGAGGAUAUGGAGACGACAGCCCUCCGAUGAGCGGAGGAGGAGGAGGAGGAGGAGGUUAUGGAGGUCCUGACGGAGGUUACGGAGGUCAGGAUGGCCGGGGUGGAAGAGGACGUGGAGGUGCAUUUGGAGGUCGCGGUGGAGGCGGGUACGAUCGCGGUUUUGACCGAGGUGGACGAGGAGGACCAAGAGGAAGAGGAGGGAUGGGAAUGGGCGAUCGAGGAGGAUUCAAUAAGUUUGGUGGACCAAGAGACCCAGGACAUGGACAUGGAGGCCCCGGCUUCAUGCCAGACCAGGAUAACUCUGAUAAUAACACCAUCUUUGUGCAAGGCCUGGGAGACGACUACACUGUCGAAUCAGUCGCUGACUUCUUUAAGCAGAUUGGAAUUAUCAAGGUGAACAAGAAGACCGGCCUGCCCAUGAUCAACCUGUACACCGACAGAGAGACGGGAAAGCUGAAGGGGGAGGCCACAGUUUCCUUCGAUGAUCCUCCAUCAGCCAAAGCUGCCAUCGACUGGUUUGAUGGUAAAGACUUCAACGGAAAUCCGAUCAAGGUGUCCUUCGCCACCCGCAGAGCUGACUUUGGAGGUCGAGGUGGGAUGAGAGGAGGACGAGGACGAGGAGGGCCGAUGGGUCGUGGAGGAUUCGGAGGAAAUCGAGGUGGAGGUGGAGGUUUCCCAGGAGGAAAUGGAGGCAGUGGGGGAGGGGGGGGAGGAGGAGGAGGAGGGCAGCAGAGAGCCGGAGACUGGAAGUGUUCAAACCCCAACUGCGGCAACCUGAACUUCUCGUGGCGUAACGAGUGUAACCAGUGUAAGGCUCCUAAACCUGAGGACGCCAGUGAGAUGCCACCCAUGGACAGAGGAGGUUACGGAGGAGAUCGCAGGGGAGGGUUUGAUCGCGGCGGCUUCAGAGGCCGGGGAGGCGACCGAGGAGGUUUCAGAGGAGGCCGGGGAGGUGAUCGGGGAGGAUACGGACCUGGAAAGAUGGACGCAAGGGGCGACCGUCGUCAGGAACGUCGAGGUCGACCGUACUGAAGCUUCCUUCAGUGUGAGCUCAACAUCUUCACCUUUUAUAAAACUGAUUUAGUUUGUAGACAGACGUGACUCUUUCUGUUUGUGUGUUUGACUGUUUUCUGCUGGACGAGGCCUCGUUUAGAAAAACUAAUUCUCCAUUUAAAGACAAAAACAAUGAAGUUCACAUAAGAGAGAUUUCAGCGUUACCUGCAGCAAGAAACACGUAUAAAUAAACUACUGUAUGUAUUUUGUUGCAAGAAAAACGAAUUUGUGAUUCAAACAAAACCUUCUUCGUCACACUGUUGAGCUCUAUUGUGAGGUUUAGGAGUAUUUUGCUUCUACAACAUUUUAAAAAUACACAUUAAGGUGUUUAUUUUACUACAUUUUGUCUGUUUGCAUCUGUAGAUUUUCUGUAUGUUACAUAUCUGUCAAUGCGAUUUUCUCAUAAAUGACACUUCCUGUUUACACUCUGGAGGUUUUUACACACAUCACGUCAUUCACAGCCUGAUUUAGACGUUUUACUACUAGAAGUAUGGAACAAACAGAUUUUUUUGGUAUUUGCAAAAAGUUUUUGAUAAAAACAACUAUCUCAAAUCACUUUUGUAUAAACGUGUGAUUUUAAUACGUCAACGAAAUAAAACAAAUGCAGAACUGUGAAGCAGAUUUAUCUCAUGUUGGCAUUUCUGUUCUGGGAGUUAUUGUUAGCAGUUAUAGAGAUAAGGCCUCAUUUUAUGUUGAAACAUUAAAAACAUUGUAAAAAAUUAUGUCUUUAAAUGGCAUUUUCUCAAAAUUAGGUUUGUGAUUUAGCAAAUGUUUCGAUUUCUGCAUCAACUGAGAGCAUUUUAAUGGUGACAUCUCUGAACUGUAACUUGCAUAACGUCGUCUUUCGUCGGUAAUCUGUUUGUCACAGCGAAUCUGUGCACUUUAGAAAGUAAAAUGUGAAUAUUACGAGUCAAAUUCUCUAAUUUCUAGCUGGUUCUUCAGGUGAGAAGGAUUAAGAGGUUUAUGUUCCCUUCGACAGCUUUCGUUCUGUCAUUUUUUCCACUUAAACAACAGAAGUGGUUCAUAUUUCCACAUUACUGCUGCACUAAGUGCUUUAAACAUUUUCUAUACAAGGUUUUGUCACAUGCAGACCGUGAAACCUGUCUGGUGGCUCUUAAUGCUGCCAGACUCCUUUGUUAAUGUUGAUUAAUUGUGUUACAGCAGAGAAAGUGGUGAAGGUGAUGGAGGUCAGAGCAGCUUUACUGUAAAUCAUGGGCAGUUUUAUGAGGUUGUUUGGACAAGAAUGUUCAAAAAAGACUCUGAAACAGAUUUAAACAAAAUAUAAAACGUAAAAUAAGUGUUUGGUUCAAGUAAUUCUCUAAGAGUGCAGCCAGCUGGUGCUAGAAAUCAUUUUAUUCCAGAGGAAAUCAUAACUGUCUUGGUGGCCACAAACUCUAACAAAUUAGUUAGAUUUGAGUACUUGGAUUACAUAAUUAUUAAAGAAAACAAAAGUCUAAAUUCUCUGAUUGCAGCUUCUGAAAUGUGAAUCUUUUCUGGGUCAUUCACUUUAAACGGAGGAUUUUUGUGGAGAAAACAACACAUUUGUCAUGUUGGACUGACAUUUAUUAAAGUUUUCCAAACCUGUAAUUAUUGAUCUAAAAAAUCUGAUUAAUCGACUUUACCAGUAAUCGUUAGUUGCAGCUUCUGUGGAUAAAAUUUGUCCUGAAAUGACUCAGAACAGUUUGAUUUUCCUCAUGAUCAAGAAACAAAUCUGAUCUGAAACUAAAACCACUGAGGAUCAAGACGCUGCUUUAUGUCUUUGUGGUUUUUCCAGUAACAUUAAAGAAUUUUCUCAUCAUUGAGUCGUUUCUGAGGAACUUGUUGGACUCGAGCCACUAGAAAACAAUAAAAACUGAUGCCAGCGGUAACGUGACCCGACGUGUAAAACGGGCCUCGUCCACGCAGCUGUAUUUACAGUGUUUUUGUUGGACUGUCUAUUUAUUACUCCUGAGUUGUUUUUGUAUUGUGCUUGUACUGGUUUCCAAAUGAAAAUGUUAUAAAAAGAAAUCGAUCAGUG